UGCGCGUAGGACCACCGGCUGCGCCCGCGCGGUUGCUGUGUGAGGCGGUAUCUGCGCCGAGUGGGCCGGGGGUUUCUUUUCGCCGCAGGGCUUGGGGUCGGCUGUCUCCCCGCGUUACUGCUGAGGUCCUGUCGUGCGCGUCCUGGCCGUGUGUCCACACCCCAGACUGCGGACUGGGGCGCACUGUGUCUUCCUGCGGCGCGGAGCGUCCGGGACUUGAGGUCGGGGCGGCUGGGGCGGGUCCAGCCCCGCGGUCCGUGCCCACCUGAGGGCGGCCUGGGCAGGGACCUGGGGGUCCUGGGAGCGGAGUGUGAGCCGAGUGCAGGCCAGCAGGAAGACCAAGAAGAAGGAAGGGGGUGCCCUCCGGGCCCAGAGAGCCUCAUCCAAUGUCUUCUCCAACUUCGAGCAGACUCAGAUCCAGGAGUUCAAGGAGGCAUUCACACUCAUGGAUCAGAACCGAGACGGCUUCAUUGACAAGGAGGACCUGAAGGACACCUACGCCUCCCUGGGCAAGACCAAUGUCAAGGACGAUGAGCUGGACGCCAUGCUCAAAGAGGCCUCGGGGCCCAUCAACUUCACCAUGUUUCUGAACCUGUUUGGGGAGAAGCUGAGUGGUACCGAUGCCGAGGAGACCAUUCUAAACGCCUUCAAGAUGCUGGACCCAGACGGGAAAGGGAAAAUCAACAAGGAGUACAUCAAGCGUCUGCUGAUGUCCCAGGCUGACAAGAUGACAGCGGAAGAGGUGGACCAGAUGUUCCAGUUCGCCUCCAUCGAUGCCGCGGGCAACCUGGACUACAAGGCGCUGAGCUACGUGAUCACCCACGGGGAGGAAAAGGAGGAGUGAGGCCCGGCCUGGUCAAUAAACCUGGACGCUAGGA